AUGGGGUGCCAUCAGUCUACCGCUGCCCAGGCCGGAUCUGCGGACGGCCCCCACGAUAGCGACGAUGCUAGCGGCCCGGAACCCAGCCCGAGACCGAGAGAGGACAUUACUCGCUUGAUUGAGCCAAACGUCAACUUCGAGGCCGCCCAGAACGAAGGCGCCCGCGACCGCGCCGAGUACUACCAGCAGAGGGCCGCGGCGCUGCUGCAGGACCUUUCGGGCCGACUCCCAGCGGGCAACCCGCCGACGCCCGCCGCCGCCGCCGCCGCGAAGAAAUAA